CUCGAACCUGGUUUUGUUUUUUUGGCCUCUAAAGAAAUCAUCUGGCUGGAGUCUGAGUCUCAGCUGUGGGCUAACCCGGCCCUGUGUCGGUGGCAGGUCCCGGUUCAUAGGCCUCCUUUCUCUUGGGGAAAGGCGCAGGCGCCACAUGCUUUAUCAGUAACUUCCUGGCGACCAGCCCCAGCUUAGCGCCAAGCGUCCUGCAGGGUUGGUGGGAGGGCCAAAGUGAGCGGUUUAAAGCCCAGAUCAAGCAGGGGCUCUUAGGAGCUACCCCUUUGUUCCUUCCGGAAUGGUGCAUAGGGCUGAGCCCCCCGACGGGGGCUGGGGAUGGAUGGUGGUGCUCUCAGCGUUCUUCCAGUCGGCGCUCGUGUUUGGGGUGCUCCGUUCCUUUGGUGUCUUCUUCGUGGAAUUUGUGGCGGCGUUUGAGGAGCAGGCAGCCAGAGUCUCCUGGAUCGCUUCCAUAGGGAUCGCGGUGCAGCAGUUUGGGAGCCCAAUAGGCAGUGCCCUGAGCACGAAGUUGGGGCCCAGGCCUGUGGUGAUGACUGGGGGCAUCUUGGCUGCGCUGGGGAUGCUGCUUGCCUCAUUUGCUACCUCCUUGACCCACCUAUACCUGAGUAUUGGGCUGCUGUCAGGCUCUGGCUGGGCCCUGACCUUCACUCCGACCCUGGCCUGCCUUUCCCGUUACUUCUCUCAGCGACGAUCUCUGGCCAUGGGGCUGGCCCUGACUGGAGUGGGCAUCUCCUCUUUUGCGUUCGCCCCCCUCUUCCAGUGGCUGCUCAACAACUACGCUUGGAGGGGAGCACUCCUGUUAGUGUCUGCCCUCUCCCUACACCUGGUGGCCUGUGGUGCUCUCCUCCGCCCACUCUCCCUGACUGAAGACACGGCCGUGGGUGGCCCUUGGGCCCAGAUCACCUCCCUCCUCUGUCAUGGUCCCUUCCUCCGAUACACUGUUGCCCUCACCCUGAUCAACACUGGCUACUUCAUUCCCUACGUCCAUCUGGUGGCUCACCUGCAGGACCUGGGCUGGGACCCCCUGCCUGCUGCCUUCUUGCUUUCAGUGGCUGCUAUUUCUGACCUUGUGGGGCGUGUGGCAUCUGGUUGGCUGGGAGAUGCAGUCCCAGGACCUGUGGCAAGACUUCUGAUGCUUUGGGCCACCCUGACUGGGGUGUCACUAGCUCUGUUCCCUGUUGCCCAGGCUUCCACAACCCUGGUGGUUCUGGCUGUGGCCUAUGGCUUCACCUCGGGAGCCCUGACCCCAGUGGCCUUCUCCGUAAUUCCUGAGUUGGUGGGGACUGGAAGGAUUUACUGUGGCCUGGGACUCGUGCAGAUGAUAGAGAGUGUCGGGGGGCUCCUGGGGGCUCCUCUAUCAGGCUACCUCCGGGAUGUGACAGGCAACUACACGGCUUCUUUUGUGGUAGCCGGGGCCUUCCUACUUGCAGGAAGUGGAGUUCUUAUCACCCUGCCCCAUUUCUUCUCCUGCAUCUCAGUUUCUACCUCCAGACCUCAGGACCUUGUGAUAGAGGCACCAGAUACUAAAACUCCCCUGCCCAAGGAGGAGGGACUGGGAGAGAACUAAACUCCACCGAAGGCAGUGGCCAUGGAAACCAGAGCUUGACAGUGCCAGGUCUUUGGCUUCAUCAAGGCAUCCACGGAAGCACAGUGCCUUAGGAUUCUUGAUCCAUCGCCUCCAGAGCAGGCCCAGGGUUCCUCCCAUUUAUGUGCCAACCAUAUGUAUUUUGUUGAGGACUCACCUGUCAUCUCCUUUGCUCUCCUCAGCUUUGCUGAGGGCUCCAGGAGAUCUCAUUCCACUGAGUCCUGAAUCAAAGCUGAAAGUCAAAGGCCAGGAGUCUCCUCAUGUUUUUAUGUGAUUUCUGCUGUUCCUUGUACGUAAAACAAAUAAGGAAACUGGACAACAAUUGUAACCUCAAAAGGAGCUGGAGAUCAAGGUGCCUGGGGGCAGCUAAUAGGGCCGUGAGCUGAGCAAAGGAAUGGAGAUGUCCGUGAACUCUGGUGACCAGAAUUCUUCCCUCCCUCUUCUCCACCAUUCCUGUUGGCAGGGGGCGGGGGAUUUUAAGAGAAAGGCAUUUGUAAUGAAGAAGGCGGCUUGGGAGCAGAGACUGGAACUGAUAAAGCUAAUGCGUGAUGACCUGA